AUGGCAACGACGUUGAAUAUUUAUCCUUCGGUUUCUACGACUUGCGGUGGUCGCAUAGAACUAGCUGGCUUGGAUCUAUGGCGAAUGGCGCGUAUCGAUAAUGUUUUUGUGUAUCCAUCGGUAAUUCAAGUCGAUCGAUUUCAAAAAGCGCUUGCCGAUACUCUUUGCCAAUGGCCUUAUGUUGUUGGUCGGUCUCGUAUCGAUCUAAACGAACGUUACUUUAUCGAAAUGUGUGACAAACCCAUUCCAGUAACAGUAAACAAGAAUUACGAUCUAGUUAAAUGGCCAUUCAAUUCCAAUGUCAUCAUUGACUUUUACGAAAAUCCUCUUUCAACAUAUCUUGACGAAGUUCAAGUGUCAAAAUUGUUCGUUAAUACAGAAGAUGAACCGUUGGUACGACUGAAAUUAACCGAGAUUGUCCAAAGCAAUGAAUGGGUAUUAGGUAUAAGUUGGGCACAUGAACUUGGCGAUGCAGCAUCGUGUUUGAGCUUUCUCAACACAAUUUCUUGUUUAUAUCAACAGAAAGAACCAUUAAUACCGGUUCCUUUGUUUGAACGAUGUUUGUGGAAAGAAAAUGAAGCUGACCCAUCGUUCUUGCCUUUCAUGAAACACUUCCGAGAUGCGAAAACUUUCGAUGAAAUGUGGAAGAAAUUCAUGGUCGACCAAGAAGCAUACGAUCAAGUUAAUUUAUGUUUUUCCGGCGCUCAGCUUAAACAUUUACACGAUUUAGCUCCUCAAAAUUAUCAACUAACAAUUCAUGACGUAUUAAUCGCAUACAUCAUACUCACAUUGAAUACGUCCUGUUAUUACAAUGAUGAUCGACACCGUGUCCUACGUACGAACACAUCGAUCAACUAUCGUGGAGUAUCUGAUCGAAUUGCUCCAAAGAGUCUAAUUGCUAAUGCCGUAUUAAUGAUGUUAUCAGAGAAUAUCGAAGAUCCAUAUUCAUUAUUGAGUAUUGCGAAAACGAUUCGUCAAUCGAUCGUGAAAUCACGUGAUGAAACAUUCCUUCAACGUUGGUUAGCGACUGCUGACGAUGCAAUGAGGAAAAUGAUGCAUAAUGAUUAUCUUGCUGACUUAGGAUUUGUUCCGAAUGAAAUCAUCGUCAAUUCAAAUUUCAGAUACGACUGGGCAAAUUUAGUGAAUUUUGGUUAUACAGAUCAAUGUCGGUUUCAUACAGGAUGGUCGGGCGCAUUUUACUUGCGUAUAUUUCGUUUGAAUCCUAUCCUAAAUGGAGAUGCAUGGCUGACAAGAGAUCGAAACGGAGCAGAAGUCGUUUUUCGAAUAGAAAAACAUUUGAAAGACAAGUUUAUGAACGCGAUCAAGCAAGACAUGGAGGAUAACUUUGCACGAAUAAAAACCUAG